UCUGUUGUUUGAUGUCUGCGCGUCUGCGUCUUAAGGCAAGGCCAUUGUACAAAUAAUAAUUGGCAUCACAUUUCCAACCUUAUUUUAUAUUUUUCUUAUUUUAAUUUUUUUUGAAAAAUGAACCAAGUCUCUACGUCAACUUCUCCAUUUUGCUGUAGAAUUUGCGAUCAGAGAGCUCAUGGCAACCACUUUGGAGUUAUUAGUUGUCGGGCGUGUGCUGCUUUUUUCAGAAGAACUGCUUCUGGGAAAUGGGAUAACCAAAAGUGUCGUGGAGGGUCUUGUGAUAAGAAAACGUACUACUGCAAACCGUGUAGAUUACAAAAAUGUCGAGACAUGGGAAUGGACACUACCAAAUUCCAAUUCAACCGAGACAACAUUCCCACCGCUGGUCAAUUCCAACUCCCUCCGCAAACUUUCGAAGCUUAUGUCGGACGGCCCGAAUUCCUGCUCUUCUGUGAUACCGAUGCUCCAAACUCCAAAGUCCUGAUAGACGUCAGAUACCUCCUUGAAGAAGCCGGCCGGCUAUUGAAUAAUGGGAUUAUCACACCAAUUUGGGCUGAAAAUCAACUGAAGAAGUUGACGCAAGGCUUUAAGCACAUUAAGCUGGAUACAGAUAACAUAAAGAAGGUUGAAACUGCGGAUCAGAAAGAGUUUAUGGAGAUGUGGGAGUACUAUUUUAUUACGGUGACAAAGUGGUUGAUGUACUUCGACGAGUUCCAGAAGUUGAACAGACAAAUUCAGAUGACAAUGCUCCAAGCAAUAUGGCAUGUGUUCAGCAAAUUGCACAAAUACGUGGCAACGUCCGCCUAUCAAAAAGCGACGCCACGUGCUAAACCAACAGAAGUCAUUAUAAAAGACGUUAUGAUGGACAUAGAAACUGUGAAUUUCGACUGUUCUUGGAUGAGCGAUUACCCAACAAAGGAUGUUUUUAAAUUUCUAUCCGCCCAGGCUUGCAAGGAAAUGGAUAUUGUUGGUACUCUCCACGAGCUGGAUCCUACUGACCUGGAAAUCACUUAUUUGUUUGCUCAACUUUGCUUCGAAUAUGUUGGCAAACGAUAUCAGGGUGAUAUUCUCAGAGUAGCCGAGCAGUUUCAAGAAAUUUUGGCGAAUGAUCUACAUCAUUAUUAUGUGGAAGAAAUGAACAGACCCAGAUACUUCCAAAGAUUGGCGAGACUCUUGAAAGUUAACAAUGCAAUUCAGAGAGCAAUCUGGGAGAGCCGCCCGAAAAUGGAGCUUGGUCGAGUGUUUAAUGUGCUGAAAAUUGAGUUCUCGCAUCCGGAAAUGUUCGAGGACUCUGGAUAUUAUUGAAGACAAUAACUUCUGUUCAAGAUUUUUUUCGUAAAUAUAAUUGUGUAUAUAAUUGUAAAAACAAUAAUGAAUCUUGAUGUAGUAAUUUUAAAA